UUUAUUGUGAUAUUGACUCUGGUGGUGCAACAUGGGUUUAAUAAGACUGUAUCUCUCGGUAGUGAUAGUAUUUUUACUGAUUGGAGGACAAUAUUCCAAUGCUGAAAUUAUACGGAAACUUCGAAAAGCGGCGUUACAACCUAUAUCUUUGAGCACGGCGUCCUCUAACGAGGAGAACUUCAUUUUUGGACAGUUCCGUGGACCGUCGGAUACAGAGGCGACAUUUGAUGGCGGAGAGUUACUCUCAUUUCAAAACAAUCUUACGCGAGAAGGCAACACAGAAUGGGAGGCCAACAUGAAUAGCAGGUUCUCCGACUAUAACAGCUGGCUUAUCCUGAAAUCAAAUUCCACACGGGAAAGUUUGACUUUGUUGUUAAUAUACAAAUCCGCUAAUCGCUUUCAAACAACGUUCGUCGAAAAUAGCUGCGAAAUAGGAAUAGAGAAGACUGAGAUAGGUAACCAGACAGAAUACAAAGCUACAACGAGGAACUGCGGGAACAAUAACGUCGUUAGGGAAACAUUUAAAGUCGUUUUGGCUUUUAGCAAAACAGAGAAGACAGAGAACAUUAUUACCCGGUAUCCAGGCGAGGCAGUCUACGAAAAUCAUCUGAAAUAUGUUGAUACAUACAAAGUUGAAAAUGAAGACACAUAUUACGCCAUAUUUAAAUGGCCGGCGAUGGAAAAGGAUGGCGUCACCCUUGAUGGUCUUUCCUUUGAAUUGUGGGUAAAUGAAAAGAAUGCACGUAUUUCUAGCAAUCGCCUCUGGCGAUUCAAUAUUGUCUAAGUUUUAAACAUCAAUGAAAAAUUAAGUGGAACUCAAUAA